GGUUAUUCCGUCGGUUUUUUUAAAAAUAUGAUUCAAGACGCAAAGGCUGAACAAAAUACUUCAACAGGAAACCCUGAGGGGAAUGGUAAACCUCUGCAGGAUAUGAAGAAGCACCAGAGAGCUAAACAGCUACGGAGUGCAACAUCUAGAUCUAGAAAUAAGUCGGAAUCAACAUGGCAGAAUACAAUACAAUCAGAAAUACAAGGGAUUCAUGUUAAAGUUAUGUACACCAAAGAUUUUGGUAGAAAUCCAUCGACACAAAAUACGGAAGUGAUGAAAGAUGAAAAUAUACUUGAGAAACAUGCUGUUCAAGCCUCAAAUAGCCCAGAGAAGGCAAAUGAAGAGACAAUACAACAUCACUGUAGUACGAAUACAAACGAUUUCACUUUGCACCAGACCAGUGACCAUGAAGUUGCAUUAGAUGCAAAUCUUGAAAAAAAUUUUUCAACAGCAGAAGACUCCAGUUUAAAAGAACAUAUAGAAGAAGACCGACACACCCCGAGUAAAAAUAUUUCGCUUGACAUGUAUAUAAAUGAAAGGUCUAUUAUAAUGAAAAGCAAAAUAAGUUACUUAAGUUACAGUAAAAAACUGACAAACAGAGGUUCGACAAAUGAUACACAAGCCAAUCAAACUACGAUGACUAGGAAAGAAAAAUCGGCUGAACAUGUUUCAAAAAAAGAAGACGAUAUUAGUGAAGGAAACACAUCAACAAAGAUCAAACGUAGGGUCAUACGUGAUGAGAGAACAACAAAUCAAUAUAAGUCUGCCGCGGUAUACCAUCCUUCAAAUAAUAUGAACUCGGAGAGGGUCGUAAAAAAUAGCACGCCAUGCCGAACUCAUGUUACAAGUAUCACUAGCAGUGAUGAAAUUUAUGUAAAACACAACUUAUCUCAUGAAGAUAAAGUGAAUUAUGCUCCAAACACUUUUCCUCAGUCAAGUCAGGUUUUGCAUAAAGAUAUUACAGAUUAUGAACUAAAGCAAUAUCUGGAGGACGAAUUACAAGAAAGUAUAACGAAAGAUAUUGUCAGUUCCUGUAAUCAGGAGAAUCAGGUGCAAGAAAUCAAUCCUGAUGAUUUUGUUGAAAUAUCUUUGGAGGAAAAAGGACCCUGUGAAGAUUCUACAAUAAAAGCGACACAUGGUAAUCCUAUAUAG